CUUGGCACGGCCAUUGGCUUCCUGUUGCCUCCGGUUCUGGUUCCGACAACAAAGGAUAUGGAGCUGACGGGUCACAACAUCAGCAUCAUGUUCUAUGGCACUGCUGCUGUCUCUACACUGCUCUUCAUCCUCACCGUCAUAGUCAUACGGGACCGGCCUCCUCUGCCCCCGAGCCAAGCUCAGGCCGUCUUACCAUGCUCCCCGCUGGAGGAUUACUCCUACAGGCAGUCCAUCAUCAAUCUGGUGAAGAACAAAGCCUUCAUCUUGCUGCUCAUCAGCUACGGCAUCCUGACCGGAGCCUUCUACUCCGUUUCCACUCUCCUCAACCAGAUGAUCAUGUCCUCCUAUGUGGGUCAGGACCAAGAAAUGAAUGCUGGAAGAAUCGGUUUGACUCUGGUCAUUGCCGGGAUGGUCGGCUCCAUCCUAUGUGGGUUAUGGCUGGACCACACCAAGACGUACAAGAUCACCACUUUGGUUGUGUACCUUCUGUCCUUUCUGAGCAUGGUGGUCUUCACGUUUACCUUAAAGCUGGGCAUCUACCUGGUGUUCUUCACUGCAGGGGUCCUGGGCUUCUUCAUGACGGGAUAUUUACCACUCGGCUUUGAAUUCGGAGUAGAGAUCACUUACCCAGAGUCUGAAGGAACUUCCUCCGGCCUCCUCAAUGCUUUUGCUCAGAUAUUUGGGAUCCUCUUCACUCUCAUUCAGGGCAAACUGACCACAGACUAUGAUCCACUCGCUGGAAAUCUCUUCCUGUGCGCCUGGAUCUUUGUGGGAGCUAUUCUCAGUGCCUUAAUCAAGUCGGACCUGAAGAGACACAGUGUGAACAUGGAAGCUGGCAGAGAUGUGAGCAGUGGACUAAAGACGCCCCCUCCUGAUGAAGAGAAGACCGGGACAGUCCUCCUGGAGCCAUCU